AUGGCGUCGGCCCUGAACAAACGCCAGCAGGCGCGUAAUGAGCGUACCUUGCAAGACCUGAUCAAGACGGUCCCGGGGAAUGGAACCUGUGCAGACUGCGGUGCGCGAAACCCAGGCAUCUUCCUGUGCAUGCGAUGCGCAGCCAUACAUCGUAAACUGGGAACGCACAUCUCCAAGGUCAAGUCCCUGAGCAUGGACAAGUGGGAUAACGCGCAAGUGGAUAACAUGAAGCGGAUUGGGAAUGUCGAGUCCAACAAGACGUACAACCCGCGCAACGUCAAGCCGCAAAUACCCAUCGAUAUCGACGAGGUAGACAGUGCCAUGGAGAGAUAUAUACGCGCAAAGUACGAGCAAAGAAUAUACCUGAACGAUUCGCGACCGGGCACGCGACAGAACACGGGUAGCACGAGCUCGGAAGACCGGCCACCGCCGUUACCACCGAAACCCACGGGUCGCUUUGGAUUUGGGCUACGCAAGGCAGCGACCUCAUCGCGAGACAUUACACCUCCAAUAUCGCCGGGUCUAGGAGACUUUGGACAACACUCACCUCCGCGGGUGAACAAGCCCUCUAGGGUGUUUGGCUCAAACGUGUAUACCUCGGGUGAUGGCAUGGAUUCAAAACUAGCAACGCUGCGCGAUAUGGGAUUUCCGGACGAGAAGCGCAACUCCACGGUGCUCAAGGGUCUCAAUGGGAAUCUCGACCGAGCAGUGGAGGCCCUGAUCCGCUUAGGGGAGCAAAGCGCAGCCAAGUCAAGAGGGAGCACACCCACUCCGCCUACAAAGCCCGCGGCCAAUGGCCUUUCUUUUGACCAGGCAAGUACGACAGCGGGUGCUUCGUCUACGAAUCCCUUUGAUGCACUGGACGCGCGACAGCAGCAACAAGCACAGUUCGAUCAGCAACAAGCCCAACAAUCCUAUUCUUCGAAUUCCUAUAACCCAUUUCUACAGCAAGCUCCCCAGGGAUAUACUCAGCAACAAGUCGCUCAGCAGCAACAGCAGCAGCAGCAAGGGGCCAUCUAUCAACAGAACCCUUGGGACCAGCAACAACACAAUCUCGAACAGUCUUUUCAGGGCAUGCAACUCUCGAACCCACAGCCUCAACAGCCUUUGUUUCCCAACCGCACUGGAGGCUAUGGACAAACGCAACCCUCCUCAUAUGCACAGGCAAACCCCUACCACCAAUCCUUUACGCCACCUCCUAUGCCGCAAAUACCUGAACAGUACAGCGCCUUUUUCGCACAACCUCAGCCACAAUACCAGACCAUGUCCAGUCCUUCUAGUCCAGGCAACCCCUUCCUGAGAUCGUCGCGAAGUCAGGUAUUUCCACCCGCCAAUGUAGGAAGCUCAAAUCCGUUCGGGCAACCACCUCUCCAGCAGCAGCAGCCUCAGCCUCAACAGCCGCCUCAACAACAGAUAGCCGCCCCACAGCAACAGCAGCAGCAAGCGCCCAACCCUUGGUCACAACAACAGCCACAGCAAUAUAGCCAAGCCCAGACUACCCAGCCAGCGAACCCAUGGCAAACUCAGCAAACCCAGCAAAGCUAUCAGCCUCAGGAACCACAGCAAAACUAUCAAACCCAGCAACAAAACUUCCAGAACCAGCAACAGCUAUAUCAACAACAGAGCUCUAACCCAUUCGAGAAGAACGCGGCCAUUCUCUCACUGUACAGUCAACCCCAGAUGGCCCCUCAGCAACCGGAACAGCAACAGGCUGCGCCAGCGACAUCGAUGCCUCCUGCACAAGCACCUGGUCGGUCGAACCCGUUUGCGAACCUUUCUGGCGCUCCACAAGGUCAGCCGUUGUCGGCUGCUCAGACGCCAGGUGUGAGGCACGCUGCCAAUGCAUUUUGUCUAUUGGGAAGUUUAACUAGUAAGAAAAAUGCCAUGACGGAUGAUCAAGCUACCAUGGUCACGUGA